AUGCACCGCACACUGAUCAAGGAUGAAGAAAAGACUGAUUACCACUACCACUACCCCACUGACACCAUCUCAGUCUUCAUGGAUGGGUUGUGCACUGGUUUGUCGGCCGCCGGCUCAAUAACUCUACGCUAUAGAGGCCACUCUCAUUUUAUGCCCAAGGGCCACAACAUUAUGGUGGUCACGGACUCCAAGGCUGCCAUUGACAUCAUCCGCCACUACCACUCGUGGGGACCCAGCAAGCAGCAGCAACACAUGGCUCGGCAGGUCACCCUGCGUAUCCACUCUCUCAUCAAGGCCAUCAAAGCAGAGUUUGGUAAGAGCGUCACCUUCCAACACAUAUACAGCCACAUCAAAGACAAGAAGACAAAGGCUCAAGCGCAAGGGUCGGAAGCUGUCCAGGCGCUUAACCAUAAGCUGGAGCUCCUCGAAAAUGCGCUACAUGGAGACCUCAGCCGAUGGACCGACGCCAAUGACGAAGCGGAUAAGCUAGCCAAUGAGGGCCACAAUCAACCCCCCCUCUUUGACAGAUGGGCCAUCUACAGCCAGGCCAACCCAGUCACUCUCUUCGACGGGCGCGGGGUUGAAGUCGGAGGCAACGUGCGCAAGCGUGCGCUAGCCCACCAUUCCCAAAACUGGAGAGUACUCCAGAGUGGCAAACCCGCCCGCGGGCUGCUCCUCCGGGACGCCGACACCGACUACAAAACCACCCACGCCGCCCUCAGUCCGAAAGCGGGAACCACGCAAAGUAGGCUCAGCGACUUCCUACACAAGGCCAGGAAACGACGGGCCCACCCCUUCCUGCCCCAAUGCCCCUUCAACAAAGACAUCAUGCAGGGCACUGCCAGCGACGUCCGCGACAUGAUCACCGCGGAAGCCACCGCCAACACCAACUCGGCCCUCAAGAAAAGCCUUGACUUCUACGGCGUCAAGAACAAGAAAGCGCUCAUUCAUAGGAUUGCUGUCCGUAUAGCUAAAGGUACCCGGCCUCCCCCGGUCACUGACGCCAGCCCCGCCAGCCAACCCCACGCAACCGGCGUCCAGCACACCCUCCCCCUCCUCCUGUACGACGCAACCUUCAUUUAA